GUAUACCACCAACCAUGCACUUCACCGCCAACCUCCAACAACAAUGCUGCGCGACACCCUCGGUCGCCGCACGUCAGACAACACCGAGCCAUUCCUCGUUAUGAGCACUCUAGGCAGAAAUGAACAAGAGCCAGAAGAACUAGCCAACCCACAACAAGAACCGCACACCAAUGACCUAAACGACGACAUCUUCGGGUCGGCUCCUAACAGCCCCACCUUAAACAACGAAGGAGAAGGUGGAAGAAGUAACGAUCACUCCGACAUCCCUCGCCUGCGAAGCCUGCACAUCACAAAUGGCUACAGAGAAGGCAUUGCGCUAUCUAAAGAAUCUCACAUUCAAGCGGGUUUCGACGAAGGCUUCUCACUUGGAGGUGAGAUUGGCCAGAGGGCUGGAUGGAUCUUAGGUGUGCUGGACGGGAUGGCUCGUGGGGUCAAGAGUAAGAACAAGGAUGAGGAUCAUGAGAUUGGAGAAUGCUUUGCGAAAGCGCAAGAGGAGUUGAAGAUUGAGAAACUGUUGGGGGAAGAGCAUUUUGGCGUAGAUGGAAUUUGGCUAUACGAGGUUCCUGGGGAGGAUGGUGAGGAUGUUACCUUUGAGGUUGUGGCAAAUGUGCAUCCUAUUUUGCGAAAGUGGGAUGGAAGGGUACGGGACUUGGGUAAGAGGCUUGGAGUACUUUUGGAUGAAGCCUCGGGGCUUGUGCAGUAAGCAAUUCUGCGUCUGGCUUCUAAUUGACAUUGUUCAACUCGUGGCCAUCAUAGUGCGUCCUGAUCAAUACGAGUGAGAAAUCGAGAACAUUGAUAGAGCAUACAGUGAAGUCUUGCACAAUCAGUCUGUAUGAGCAGAGUAUGCAGCAUCCGCCUCUUCAUGCAGUUGCGUGCCGCCGUGUCGCGCUUCAUAGCGAGAACCGUUAUAUGAUUAGCGGCCAAUCUCCUCUGCCUUCUUUAGCACCAAUCCGACCUUCUUAUCAUUCCUGAGCGUGCGGACAUCGAUGAAGCCGUCUGGCGGUGGCUUCUUCUUAGUGUCCCGAGUGGAGUGGCGGCGACCUGCUGGGCUGCCUUUGAGAUCAGUAUCGAAGAAGUGACUUCGUUGGGAUGAGUUUGGCGGUGGAGCAGCUUUUGCUAUACUCUCAAGCAUCUCGCCAGCACUGGUUUGACCGGCGCUUAGCUUUCGAAGAUGACUCUGACUAGCUGGGCUGAGUUCCGAAUGGUUAGGGUCACCGGGUAGCUGCAGGUAGGACCGACUCGCUGCGUCCCUGGUCUUAGGUCGAGCUACUACGAUCUCGCUACUAAGGUCGUUGUAGUCACCGGGUUCUUGCUGAUUUGGUCCGGUCUGCGCAUAAGCAACAGACUUCUGUACCUGUGAGGUUGGCUGUGGCGUACCUUCUAGAGUAGCGUUGAAGUCUUCUACGUCCGAGUCUUCUAUGUCCAGGUAUUCCAUGCUGGACUUCUC